AUGGUUAUGAAACCUGAAGUUGAGCAAGAAUUGGCUCAUGUCCUAUUGACAGAACUGUUGGCGUACCAAUUCGCGUCUCCCGUGAGAUGGAUUGAGACGCAAGAUGUUUUCCUGAAGGACUUCAACACUGAAAGAGUGGUGGAAAUUGGACCUUCGCCUACCCUGGCUGGUAUGGCGCAAAGAACCAUCAAGAACAAGUACGAGUCGUACGACGCGGCUCUUUCGUUGCAAAGAGACGUGUUGUGCUACUCCAAAGACGCCAGGGAGAUCUACUACACUCCAGACCCAGCUGAUUUGGCCGCCAAGGAAGAAGCGGGCGAACCAGCUGCCGCUGCCGCUGCGUCGAGUGCCCCAGCAGCUGUGGCUGCGCCAGCUGGAGCACCAGCCGCCGCAGCCCCAGCUGCGGCACCAGCAGGUCCUGUUGCUGAGAUUCCGGACGAGGCUGUCAAGGCCGGUCUGUUGUUGCACGUUCUCGUCGCUCACAAGCUCAAGAAGACGCUUGACCAAAUUCCUUUGAGCAAGACCAUCAAGGACUUGGUUGGCGGUAAAUCCACUGUUCAAAAUGAAAUCUUGGGUGAUCUCGGCAAGGAAUUCGGAACCACUCCAGAAAAGCCCGAAGAGACUCCUUUGGAAGAGCUGGCGGAGUCUUUCCAGGACACGUUCAGUGGUCAAUUGGGCAAGCAAUCCACGUCUCUCAUCGGUAGACUGAUGUCGUCCAAAAUGCCUGGUGGGUUCACUAUCACUACUGCUAGAAAGUAUCUGCAGACCCGCUGGGGGUUGGGUCCUGGAAGACAGGAUUCGGUCUUGUUGAUCGCCCUCACACAGGAACCUGCUUCUCGUCUGGCUGCUGAGGGUGAUGCUAAGCAAUAUUUAGACGCAGCUGCACAGAAGUAUGCUUCCAGUAAUGGUAUCGAUCUUUCUGCUGCUAGCGCCGCGUCCUCCGGCGGCUCAUCCGGUGGCGCUGGUGGUGCAACCAUUGAUGCUGCUGCGUUCGACGAGUUGACCAAGGACCAGAGAGUGUUGGCCAGACAACAAUUAGAGGUUUUGGCUCGGUACCUCAAGAUGGACUUGAAGAGCGGAGAAAAGAAGUUCCUGCAAGAAAAGGAUACUACCGAACAACUACAAGCUCAAUUGGACUUUUUGAAUAACGAAUUGGGCGAGUAUUUCGUUCAAGGUAUUUCCACGUCCUUUUCUAGAAAGAAGGCCAGAGUUUUUGAUUCUUCUUGGAAUUGGGCUAAACAGUCUUUGUUAUCUCUAUAUUUCGAGAUCAUCCACGGUGUGUUGAAGAAUGUCGAUAGAGAGUUGGUUGCUGAAGCUAUCAAUAUCAUGAACAGAUCCAACGAAACCUUGAUUAAGUUUAUGGAAUACCACAUUUCUCACACUAAGGUCGAGGAGGGUGACAACUACAAAUUAGCCAAGACUCUGGGUGAACAGCUUAUUGAGAACUGUAAGCAAGUUUUGGAUUUGGAUCCAGUUUACAAGGACGUCACCAAGCCAACUGCCCCACACACUCUCGUUGAUAAGAACGGUAACAUCACUUACAAUGAAGUUCCUAGAACUGCCGUCAGAAAGCUAUCUCAGUACGUCGAAGAGAUGGCUUUGGGUGGCCCAUUAACUAAGGUCAAGCAACCAACUUUGCAAGAAGAUCUGACGCGCGUCUACCAAGCCAUCAAUGCUCAGGCCGCAGAACACGACAUUUCUGACUCUACAAAGCUACAGUUUGAAAAGCUUUACGGCGAGCUAUUGCAAUUUUUGGAAUCAUCUAAUGAAAUCGAUGCUUCGGCGUCUACUAGACUAGCUGGCGUUGUUGACGAUGCACUAGAUAAGGAUGCUACUAAGGAAGUUGCCUCUUUGCCUAACAAAUCCCAGUUAUCAAGCCAAGUCUCCUCCACUAUUCCAAGAGAGACCGUCCCCUUCUUGCACUUAAAGAAGAAGUUGACCAGCGGAGACUGGGUCUACGACCGUCAACUAUCGUCCCUCUUCCUCAAUGGCUUAGAAAGUGCUGCGGUCAAUGGUGUUACCUUCAAGGGUAAGUAUGUCUUGAUUACAGGUGCGGGCGAGGGCUCCAUCGGUGCUGAGGUUUUACAAGGACUGGUCCAAGGUGGUGCUAAGGUUAUCGUCACCACUUCUCGUUUCUCGAAGAAGGUAACCGAUUACUAUCAAAGCAUCUAUGCCAAGUAUGGUGCCAAGGGAUCUACCCUCGUGGUCGUUCCCUUCAACCAAGGUUCCAAACAAGACGUUGAAGAGCUGAUUGGGUACAUUUACGACGAAGAAAAGAACGGAGGUUUGGGUUGGGACUUGGAUGCCAUAAUUCCAUUUGCUGCCAUUCCAGAAAACGGCAUCGAACUGGAAAACAUCGACUCCAAGUCUGAAUUUGCCCAUAGAAUUAUGUUAACCAAUAUUCUAAGAAUGUUGGGUAACGUCAAAAAGCAAAAGUCUGCGCAGGGUAUUGAAACCAGACCUGCCCAGGUUAUUUUGCCAAUGUCUCCUAACCAUGGUACUUUUGGUGGCGAUGGUAUGUAUGCCGAAUCCAAGUUGUCCUUAGAAACACUUUUCAACAGAUGGCACUCCGAGUCUUGGUCUAACCAGUUGACUAUUUGCGGUGCUAUCAUUGGAUGGACGAGAGGUACCGGUUUGAUGUCUGCCAACAACAUUAUUGCCGAGGGCAUUGAGAAAUUAGGAGUUCGUACCUUUUCUCAAAAGGAAAUGGCUUUCAACUUGCUCGGUCUGUUGAUUCCAGAAGUUGUUCAACUAUGUCAGACUUCUCCAGUCAUGGCUGAUUUGAAUGGUGGUUUCCAAUUUUUGCCUGACUUGAAGGAGUUUACUGCCAAGCUACGUAGGGAACUGACCGAAACUUCCGAAGUUAGAAAGGCCGUUUCAAUUGAAACUGCCUUAGAACACAAGAUAGUCAAUGGCAGUAACGCUGAUGCCGCCUACGCUAAAGCCGAAGUUCAACCAAGAGCCAACAUCCAGUUAGACUUCCCAACCUUGAAGCCUUACGAGCAAAUCAAGAAGCUUGCCCCUACAGAACUUCAGGGAAUGCUAGAUUUGGAGAGAGUCAUUGUCGUUACCGGUUUCUCUGAAGUAGGCCCAUGGGGUUCUGCUAGAACAAGAUGGGAAAUGGAAGCUUUUGGCGAAUUUUCUUUGGAAGGUUGCGUUGAGAUGGCCUGGAUCAUGGGUCUCAUUAAGUAUCACAAUGGUAACUUGAAGGGCCGUCCUUACACAGGUUGGGUUGAUGCCAAAACCAACGAUCCUGUCGAUGACAAGGACAUCAAGGGUAAGUACGAGGGUAAAAUUCUAGACCACUCUGGUAUCAGGUUGAUUGAGCCAGAACUGUUCAAUGGCUACGACCCUAAGAAGAAGCAAAUGAUCCAGGAAGUUGUUAUCGGUGAGGACUUGGAACCAUUCGAGGCUUCCAAAGAAACGGCUUUACAAUUCCAACAUGAACAUGGCGAUAAGGUUGAAAUUUUCGAGAUUCCGGAUUCUGGCGAAUACACGGUGAGAUUAUUGAAGGGUGCUACUCUAUACAUUCCAAAGGCUCUUAAAUUCGAUCGCUUGGUUGCAGGACAGAUUCCAACAGGCUGGAACGCAAAGACUUACGGUAUCUCGGAUGAUACCAUUUCCCAAGUUGAUCCUAUCACGCUGUUUGUUCUCGUUUCCGUCGUGGAAGCGUUCAUUUCUUCCGGUAUCACUGACCCAUAUGAAAUGUACCAAUACGUGCACGUCUCUGAGGUAGGAAACUGUUCUGGUUCUGGUAUGGGUGGUGUUUCGGCCUUACGUGGUAUGUUCAAGGAUCGUUACAAAGACCAGCCAGUUCAAAACGACAUUCUCCAAGAAUCCUUCAUCAAUACCAUGUCUGCUUGGGUUAAUAUGUUGUUGAUCUCUUCUUCUGGUCCUAUCAAGACUCCAGUCGGUGCAUGUGCCACCUCUGUUGAAUCUCUGGACGUUGGUGUUGAAACCAUCUUGUCAGGUAAGGCUAAGAUUUGUAUCGUUGGUGGUUAUGAUGAUUUCCAAGAAGAAGGUUCUUACGAGUUCGGUAAUAUGGGUGCUACAUCUAACUCACUAGAUGAGUUCGCUCAUGGCCGCACUCCUGCUGAAAUGUCUAGACCUACGACCACCACCCGUAACGGGUUCAUGGAGUCACAAGGUUCUGGUAUGCAAGUCAUUAUGGGUGCCGAUUUGGCCUUAAAGAUGGGUGUUCCAAUUUACGGUAUCCUUGCCAUGACUGCCACUGCCACCGACAAGAUUGGUAGAUCUGUUCCCGCUCCAGGUAAGGGUAUCUUGACUACCGCCAGAGAACAUCAAGGUAGCUUGAAGUUCUCCAGUCCUCUGAUGAACAUCAAGUAUAGAAAGCGCCAGCUUGACAACCGUGUUUCUCAAAUUAAGGAAUGGGCUGAAAAUGAGAUCGAACUCUUACAUUACGAAGCCGAGGACAUUCCCCAAGCCGACCACGCUGCGUUCUAUGCUGAACGUACUGAGGAGCUACACCGCGAAGCCGAAAGGCAAUUGAAGGCUGCUCAAGUUCAAUGGGGUAACGAGUUUUACAAGAACGACCCACGUAUUGCCCCAUUGAGAGGCGCUUUGGCCACUUUUGGUUUGACAAUUGAUGAUUUGGGCGUUGCUUCUUUCCACGGUACCUCUACUAAGGCUAAUGACAAGAACGAGUCUGCUACCAUCAACAAGAUGCUGAAGCACUUGGGCAGAUCCGAGGGUAACCCAGUUCUGGGUGUUUUCCAAAAGUACCUGACCGGUCAUCCAAAGGGUGCUGCUGGUGCUUGGAUGAUGAAUGGUGCUUUGCAAAUUUUGAACUCUGGUGUUGUUCCUGGUAAUCGCAAUGCUGACAAUGUUGAUAAGGUUUUAGAGCAAUUUGAAUACAUCUUGUAUCCUUCGAGAACUCUCAAGACCGAUGGUAUCAAGGCUGUUUCGGUUACUUCGUUCGGUUUCGGUCAAAAGGGCGCCCAAGCCAUUGCUGUUCAUCCCGAUUACUUGUAUGCUGCCGUAGAUGAAUCCACCUACCGCGCUUACGCCGCUAAGGUGUCGGCUAGAGAGCAGGCUGCUCACAAGUACUUCCACAACGGUAUGAUCUACAACACGUUGUUCGUUGCCAAGGAGCACUCUCCAUAUGUCGACGAGCUUGAGCAACCAGUGUACUUGGACCCAUUGGCCCGUGUUAGUGCUGACAAGAAGACUGGGACCUUGGCAUUUGACAAGAAGACCUUGAGUGGUCCAUCCAACUAUGUUUCGGAAGCUAAUCUUAAAACAUCACAAGUUGUAAGCAAGCUUGCUCAAGAGGCGUCAGCUGAUGGAAAUAUUGGUGUGGGCGUAGAUGUGGAGCUAAUCAAGGCCGUGAAUGUCGACAACGAUACCUUUAUUGAGCGUAACUUCUCUGCUUCCGAGAUUGCGUACUGCAAGAGCCAGCCUUGUGUUCAAAGCUCUUUCGCCGGUACUUGGUCUGCCAAGGAGGCUGUCUUCAAGUCUCUGGGAGUCAAGUCGCACGGAGGUGGUGCUUCCUUGAAAGACAUUGAGAUCGUUCGCAAGAGUGGCUCCGCACCACAAGUCGCGCUUCACGGCACUGCUGCUUCUGCUGCGGCAAGUGCAGGUGUCAAAAGUGUCUCUGUUUCCAUUUCUCACGACGAUUUCCAGUCGGUAGCGGUCGCUUAUUCCCAGAAAUAG